AUGGAGGAUGAUAUAUGUUGUUCCAUGAGCCAGAAAUAGCUAUUAUAUGGGGUGGCAACGCAACCGUGUCACUAUUUAUUUUAAUGCAUGAUUGAGUUUGUGACAGUGAUAGUGAGUGACAUACUAAAUAUAAGUACAAGAACCCAUACAUUGAUACAUACAUAGUUCUCCAUCCACAGUUUAAGGGAGGGAUAAGGUUGUGUUUUUUCUUGUUUCUUGCAUUUUGGAAUCCAGCUUCUUGGUCCCCAGGUACCAUUUUUCAUUAUGAUGAGUAGUGUGGAUCAUAGAAACAGUAGUACCGUCUAUAAAGGCCAUGAGAAAAUAUCAAUAUCACAAGAAGAGCAAGAAAAGAUCAAUGAGGUGAGAAGGUUGAUAGGUCCAUUAUCAGCAAAGGCAUCUGUUUAUUGCAGUGAUUUAUCCAUAUCAAGGUAUUUGAGAUCCAAAAACUGGAAUGUGAAGAAGGCAACACAAAUGCUGCAGCGGAGCCUGAAAUGGAGAGAAGAAUACAAACCUGAAGAGAUACGUUGGGAAGAUGUUGCUAAUGAUGCAGAGACUGGGAAGAUUUAUAUGCCAGGUUACUAUGACAGGCAUGGUAGGACAGUCCUAGUAAUGAGGCCUAGUCGCCAGAGAAGCACACAUGAUAUAAAAGAACAGAUUAUGUAUUUUGUAUACUGCAUAGAGAAUGCCAUAUUCAAUCUUCCACCAAAUCAAGAAGAGAUAGUUUGGCUGGUUGAUUUCCAGGGUUACACUUUGGCAAACCUUUCAUUCAAGAUCACACGUGAAACUGCUUUUAUAUUACAAGAAUAUUAUCCAGAGCGCCUUGGUUUGGGAUUUAUGUAUAAUGCACCUAGGAUCUUCCGGCCAUUCUACGCGAUGGUGAAGCCUCUGUUAGAGUCCAAGACUUACAACAGAAUUAAGUUCGGUUACUCAAACGAUCACAACACCAAGAAGAUGAUAGAGGAUUUGUUCGAUAUGGAUCAACUCGAUUCUGCAUUUGGUGGGAACAAUGACACUGUAUUUGAUAUAGUAAAAUAUGCUGAGAGAAUGAAAGAGCAGGAUAAGAAGGUUGCCUCUUUCUGGGCACUGGUAAAGACUCCAUCAUCAUCAGUGUCACACAGUGCAAGUUCUUCAGACUCAACCAGUUUAGAUCCAGAUUCUGAUGGUUCUAACACAGAGAAUUGAAUGUUCCUAAUAUCUUGGUUAAUGAAGGUAAAAAACUGUUACACUAUACCUGUAGUCUUUUAAGAAGUUCUGAGUCAACUGUAAUAUGUGGCAAGAUGCCAAAACGUUACUUUAUGUUGGAUAUUAUAAGCUUAAUGUGAACUUUAUGUUCGAUUUCAUGAGUUUAUCAGACUAACAAAAAUGUAAUUUUACAUGGUA